GAUUGUUUGAGAAAGAGGUGGAAUUAAUAAAGAAAGAGGAAGAAGAUGAAAGGUUAACUAAAAAGGAAGAGAAGUUAAAAAAAGAAAAGAUCGAGGAAGUAAGCAGAAUAAGUGAAUACAUUGAAAAGAUUAGUAAUAACUCAAAGUUACGCUCAAACGCAGAAAAAUAUACUCAAAUUAAGAAAACCAAAAAAGCUCUUUUUUUGGAAGAAGAAAAAAUUGUUCAAAACAUCAAAGAGUUAAAAAACACAGCUCCUAAAAAUACCGAGAUAAUUAAAAUACCAGGAGCCGAGAACACAAUGCAAGCUCUUUGGGAAAACUGUAGGAAAGGGCAAUUUUUUGAAAAUUUAAGCCAAGAGUUAAAAGAAGAACAUUUUUGUUAUAUAAAAACAGACAAAGGUGAAAAAUUACCUGAGGAUAAAACAAAGUUAGCGGAGGUUAUUCGUAUUUAUAGGAAAAUUCAGAGCCAAUGCUGGGGUGCUUUUGUUGAUUGCUAUUUUGAUAAAGAGAGUGUUUUUCCUAAGGAUAGACUAGAAGAAAAUCCGCUGUUGCAAGAAGAUAGUGGAAAACUAGGUGAGAGCCGAGGCAGAGCAAGUGAAGAAGAAAUCAAAUUACUUUACAAUAGUUACAAUUCGCAUUUAAUAAUUCAAGGAUUCACUAUGGAAUCUAUCUACGCUGAUUUUGAAAUCAAAAGCUUCGAUGCCUGCCACUGCCUCUUUAAAUUCGACAAAAAGAAAAAUCGAGAAUUACUCGUUUUCACCGAGGAGAUUACCACAAAACAAAAACAAAGAACAAAACUUAUUCAAGAAAUUCAAAAGAAUAUAAAUGAAAGAAAAGAAAAUAUCAACAAUUACAAAGAAAACUUCCAAUCACUAAUCCCAGAUGCUCCGGAACCAAAAGCUCCGGAAACUACUUGGACUACGCUUUUUUGA